AACCUUCUCCGUCUCCUUUCUUCGCGAAGCUACGGAAACCCUUUCUCCUCUUUUCUCCUUCUCGUUCCCCGCGCCGCCGCCACCGCCAACGCCGGCGACGGCGCCCGCGCCGGUGAAGUUGACCCCUCUAUCACUCCUGCGUGUGCGCGAUCGAAACCCUAACCCUGUUUCUUUGCUUCCGAUCUCUUUCGCAUUGGGAGGCGGCGGCUAGGGUUUCUGGGACCCUGGGUCACAAAAAGAGGAGAUUCGCAAGGAUGAUAUACACUGCCAUUGACACCUUCUACCUCACCGAUGAGCAGCUAAAGAAUUCCCCCUCAAGAAAGGAUGGGAUUGAUGAAGAAACAGAGACCACGCUUAGGAUCUACGGUUGUGACCUUAUACAGGAGAGCGGCAUUCUGCUUCGGCUUUCUUUAUUUGGUGCAUUCUUUUAACUGCCACAGGCCUCAAGCUGUGAUGGCCACAGGGCAGGUUCUUUUCCAUCGGUUUUACUGCAAGAAGUCUUUUGCUCGAUUUAGUGUGAAAAGGGUUGCUGCAAGCUGUGUUUGGCUGGCUUCGAAGCUGGAGGAGAGUCCAAGAAAAGCAAAGCAUGUCAUUAUUGUCUUUCAUCGAAUGGAAUGCAGACGGGAGAACCUGCCAAUAGACCACUUGGAUGUCUUUUCAAAGAAAUAUUCAGACCUAAAGAACGAUCUGAUUAGGACCGAGAGACACUUGCUGAAAGAAAUGGGUUUCAUUUGCCAUGUCGAGCAUCCACAUAAGUUUAUAUCAAACUACCUUGCAACACUUGGAACACCUCUGGAGUUGAGGCAGGAAGCUUGGAAUCUAGCAAAUGACAGCUUGCGGACAACACUAUGUGUGCGAUUUAAGAGUGAAGUAGUAGCGUGUGGAGUCGUAUAUGCGGCAGCUCGGAGAUUCCAGGUUCCCCUGCCUGAGGACCCACCUUGGUGGACCGUUUUUGAUGCAGAUGAGGUGGGAAUUCAGGAAGUCUGUAGAGUUCUAGCUCAACUAUACAGCCUCCCCAAGGCACAGUAUAUCCCAGUUUGUAAAGAUAAUGAUUCGUUUACUAUGUUGAACAAGACACCUGAUACCCAGGCUCCGAAGGAAAGUCCAAAUAACGGGACCACUAAUGAUUCGAGCACUCCCAAGGAUACUGGAUCAACAAAGGAUGCGUUGAUUAAAGCAGCCUUGGACAAAUUAAAGGAGUCAAAGAAAAGCGAAGAUGAUGGCAAAAAUGUGCCUGCUGAGCUUGAUGGCAAGGAAGAUUUGACAGUGAAGUCUAAGAGUGACUACAAGUUAGAUGCCAGCAUUGAAAGGGGACGGGAGAGAGAAAAGGAGAGAUCUAGGGGUAGAGAUCGCGAUAGCAGAGGUAGAGAAUCUGACCGUGAUAGUAGAGGUAGAGACUCUGAUAGGGAAAGGGAGCGUGAGAGAGAGAUAGAUAGAGACAGAGAGAAAGAACGAAGGCACCGUUCAAAGGACAAAGGCUCAGGCCAUUCAGAUAAGCUGAGGCAUCAUUCAUCACGAGAUCGCAGCGAGUACCACAGCGCACACUCGUCCCGUGACAAAGAUAGGCACAGACACCACCCAUAUUCAUAACGACCAUCUAUAUGCUCCAGAUUUGAUUGCAAUGAGGCUCCCUUUGUAUCAUUGUACUACGUGAAGUUAUCACUGAUGCUCGUAUGUCGAUGAAUUAGCUAAAUCUUUGUGAUGAAAAUAUAUGUAACUUAUAUCGGAUGGCAUUGAAGGUCCAAGAGUAACAUGCAAACUUGUGCUUUGGUUGA